AUGGCUUCAGAAUCCGACGCAUCCUCGAGAAGAAGAGCAGUACGAAAAAUCAAUUACAAUGAAAAGGAUGCAGAUGCGGAUCUCGUAAAAAGGAUCCAGCUAAUGGAGAAAACACGAGAAUCUGUAACAUCUUUGAAUAAAACGAAAGUCUCAAAAAACAAGUAUCAGAGCUACCUGAGCAGCAAAAGUGUGACUUGGAAUUUUAUUCCAUCGCUUCCCCCUUCAUUCAGGAAGCAUAGUAGAUUUUCAAACAUUUUAGACCUGGAGGACGCACUUAUAGAUGUCACUACUGACACUUUGAGCCAGGAUGGUUCUGCGUUACUAAAACGAAACGACCACAUAUACAUGGUUUCAGAACCUCCGGGUGAGCCCUAUUAUAUCGGAAGAAUUGUCAAGUUCGUUGCUAAACCUGAGUUCCGCAGCUAUAUCGAAGAGUCCCUUGAGUAUGUGAACACAUUUCCGGCUAAAUAUUUCCAAGUUAAGAUGAACUGGUACUACAGGCCACGGGAUGUUCAAGACAAGAUCCAAAACCUCAAUCCAAGACUUCUUUACGCCUCGCUUCAUAUGGACGUGUGCCCCAUCCACUCCUAUCGCGGAAAAUGUAAUGUUGUUCAUCGGUCAGCGUUAAAUAUUUCUGAAGAAUCGCAAAAUGAACAAGUCUGGAAGCCAAACACUUUCUAUUUCGAACAACUAUUUGAUCGAUAUACGCUAAAAUUUUAUGACAUAUGGAGUUCGCGUAAACAACUCUUGAGUCUCGAUCCCAAUUCAGUCUAUCUUAUCUCUUUGGCCAACAUGUACCCAUUCGUUUUUACAGAAGAAAGCUUUCCUAUCCAGAAAAUUAUCGAUAAGUAUGUCUUGGGCAAAGAAACCCCGGACAGAGAAACAUGGGACUACAAAUGUGGCGAAUGUGGAGGGUGGUGCGAAAAAACCCAGCGAAUAAAGUGCGACGAGUGUCAGGUUUAUGUCCAUCUGUUUUGUCUAGAUCCGCCGUUGGAGCGCAAACCAAUCAAGGGAGUUAUAUGGAUCUGUUCAAGAUGCCUACAUCACGAUAAAGAGUCAGAGAGCUUGACGGAACCCCACUGUCAAACUCUUGAAUUUCAAACGUUGCAAUCAAGAUCAGGCAAAAAGUGCGCUCUUCAAAGUAUACCGAGCAAUCCGGAAAAUCUUUGGUUUCAUUAUCUGGGCUCAAAAGUUGUUGAUUUUAUGGACGACAUUCUAAUACCAGAGCUUGUUCUUCCUUUUCCUCUCAAAAAUUCUCGGAUAGGCCCGAGAUAUCAGUGGACCGGAUACGAAAAAGAGGUUGAAAAAGGAGAACCUCACAACGGUCCAAAGAACGAGAGAGGAGGCGACGAAACUUCAGAGCUUCUCUGGAAAUUUGAUUCUUCUAGGAUAGGUGAUAAGGAACUAAAUGAAUACACUCACAAAUGCCAAAAGACUUUUCCGCCGCAGCUAGAUGUUCUACCUCAAACGUCUAACUUCUUGGAUAUGAUAUUGAAGUUGCUUAUGAGUUGCAAUUACAACGCCAACGAAGCUUUUGCAUUAUGCCAAAAACUCUUAUCUAGGGAGACGCUUCAAGAGCCUACGUUCACAACAGAAGAAAUCAAAAAAUUCGAAGAAGGUGUUGCGGAAUAUGGCAGUGAACUUCACCCCGUUUGUAAGCAUGUGGGGACGCAGCCCAUGUCCAUGAUUGUUCGCUUUUACUAUUACUGGAAGAAAACCCCCAAUGGAAGACGAAUAUGGGGCAACUACAAGGGAAGGAGAAAAAACCAGAAACACGCUAACUCGGCCUCUGAACACGCAGUAAGUAGCUUUGGCAAGAAAUCUCGGAUAAGGAAGCCCUCAAAAACAUUACGGGAAGAUUUGUCAUCCUCUUCUAAGGAGUGGAAGCAUAUUGACGACUCCUCAUUUGACUCUGAAAAAAUAUCUAAUGUUAAAACGUGCUUCAAAUGCAUGUUUUGCGAAAUAGAUUAUUCACCACUUUGGUAUCGUGUUACCGGCGGCUGUGACGAUGAAAAUAUCAAAACUAGGAUGCUAACAGGCGUUGACGAGAAAACAUCAACGUCCCAUAAACUUCCACAUCAAUCCUUGAAGUCCAAAAAAUCAAAUGAGAAUCCAUCUUUAGAGGCUUUAUGUAUUCGUUGUGCUCGGCUUUGGCGAAGAUAUGCUGUGAAGUGGAUCAGCCCUUUGGAUGUCAUUAGAAGACUUAACGGAAAGUACGCCUCUAGCAUUCGCAACGCCCUUGACGAACUAUUGGCUGACCCUGCCGACACAACAAUCAAAGUCGCACCCAACCAGCUUAUGGAAAAGUGUGUUGAGUGGGAGCUGGCUCAAGACGCGGAGCUCAUUUUAAAACAGAGAUUCCACAUGCUUGACGAUACUGAGCGGUACCUGAAAAUGAAAAGAAACUGUAUUUCAAUGCACACCCAGCUCAACAAAGCUGUGAAAAAACUGGUUGAUAAAGACCCGCAGGCGGACUCUAAGAUGCAAGAUGAACUUAAGGAGUAUGUUCAGUCAAUUAUGCAGGAAGUUCGCAAGAAAGAGAAGAAAGCCAAAGCAGUUAAAAACAAGGUCAAGACAUCAAAAGCGAAAGAAAAUCAUAAAAUGAUACAAACUUCGGGCGAACAACGCAGCUUUAAAAACAAUCUGGACACUGCAGCCUUCAAAAGCUCGACGACAACAUUGAUAGAUUCCAAUGGUGAAAAAAAUGUUGAAGUGAAACAGGAGCGGGUUUUGACGAGUCUCAAUCACACUCUACCAGCAGGGGAUCACAAACUUCAGGUUUUCGUUGAAUCAGGAAAGAAAAAAAUAGGCGAAAUCACGGUUGAUUCAAAUUUCGAAAAUUUGAGACUUUCGGAAGAGCUUUACAACUAUCUACUUGAUCUUUCUUCAGAAAAUGCCAGCCUCCAAGAAAAAGAUUCUCGUACGUGCGACAUUGUCAACGUAGCCAAAGCAGAAUCGCAUAUUACAGAGGAGAGUAAGAAACAUUACGAUCCAACUUGCCUACAGAUAACAAAUGGUAGCAAUGUGCCCAUUCUUCCUGGUAAUGACUUCUCACGUGUUUUAGAAACUUAUCACUGUCAUAACCCUCUGCAUUACGAGUGGUCACAAGGCGCACUUCCCAAAGUCACUAACGAUUUCAUACAGAGUGUAAUUCGUGGUGUCCGUCCCAUUACACAAAACAAUAUUGGCAGAAAAGCGCGGAACCCUGCAAUUGCUGUAGAGGAACCAAAUUGCGAGGGAAGCUUAACUCCGCGCAAUUUUUGUUGUGUUUGCCUGGAAAAUUUCAGUCAUGAUUACAAUGAGGAAAUAACGUGUUCAAACUGUGGGCUCAACGCUCACUAUUUCUGCUAUGGCUUUAAACCUAGAGUGUGCCGCAAAAGUUCAAAAGACGAAAUCAAGCUAAAGAAUUUGCAGUGGCUUUGUGACACCUGCUCUAAUGAUUUGAAUCCAAUAUGCUCGACGAAUUAUCAGUGCUCUCUUUGUAACGCAAAGGAGUCUGACUACGACGGAGGAAAAAAAAGGCUAAGUCGUUCGAUACCUGAUGCUUUAAAAAUUACGUCAAAUAAUACAUGGUGCCAUGUAAGUUGUUCUUUGUUCAAUCCAGACCUGUCGUAUAACUCCUUAGCUCGGCUACAAAUUGCAGGAAACAUAAAGUCUACUCUUAUAAAGUGUGGUGGAAAAGCAUGUGUCAUAUGUGGUGUUAGCGGUGGCGGAAUUGUGAAUUGCGAGGAAUGUGAUUUUUCUUGCCACGUUACCUGUGCACAAGACUAUCAGAAGUGCUCCAUAUUGUUCAAAAAAUUGUAUGUGGAUGACGAUGCCCAGUUCUACAGUGUGAUAAAUGAUAAAGGACAAAAGUUCCAAAUCAAACCUAUUAUACUUUGUCCCAAACAUCAAUCAUAUACCAAAGAUACUACCGCACUCAAUUAUAGAAAUGAAAAAGGGACUUCUUUUCUGGAAAUCUACUGCAAUAAUAACAAAUGUUUUGAAGAGAUGAGGUCCGGGACAGUGAAGUUUAGGGCAAUGGACAACAGAGGAGGAAUGGCCCUUUCUCAGAAAUUUGGUUCUUUGUUUUUAGGCUCACAGACGUCCAAUCCCUUUGGCAAAGUUGCCUGUAAAAACUGUAACAAAACCAGCUCAAUUUUUUGGUACAACAAUGUCUGCCAUGCUUGUCAUCAUCACUUGUCAAAUUCGCGCUCCAACUUACUUUUAAAUGAAGCUAGUGUGGUAGAUGAAAAAGCGACAGUUAACACAGUUCUUACGGAUUACUUGCUUAAGGGCUUAGAAAGCACAAAGCCAAGUUUACCUCUCGGCAAAAAGGGAAUUAAACGCCAGAACGGCUCUACUGCUUUGAAGGGGAAAAAAAAAUUUAAAUCUGUAGAAGCUGAAACUCCGUCAUCUGGAAAACCUCCUCUGACAAUGCCAGUGGUGGUCCAAAAUCUUUCUGGUAAGAACAUGAGGGUGUAA